AUGGUCAGAGCGGAAGCUUUCCAUCAUCAUAACCCCACCGCCAAUGUUCGCUCGCUUUGUUCGUAUAGUAAAGCUUGGCCAAAGUUCGGAGCCAACUAUGACCCGAAUUCCACAUUUCAACUUCAUCCCAUGAACCUCAAUCCCGUCGUAGAGAGUAAGAAAAUGAACUCUAGCCAGAAGCACGCAUGUUCUCGGUGUCGCGCAUCGAAACUUCGGUGCUUAGUCGACACCUUUGCUGAACACGGCAAGUGUAGGCGCUGCCACAAUGCUGGAGCAGAGUGUGUCUUUGACUCAAGGGCGCCUAGACAACGGCGAAAGAGGACCGACACUCGCGUUGCAGCGCUGGAAAAGGAAAUUGCUGGGUUGAAGGCUGCUAUUGGAAAUCCUGCACACGAGUCUUCGCCCUUGGCCAGCUCACCCGACAGUGUAUGGCAAAAUGAUACCAUCGUCACUCAAUAUGCCACGGACGAGAUAUCCGUGGGUGAACAGCCUAGACAGCCCCAACUGGGGCAAGAAGCCACAGAGAAUGGAUAUUCGUCAGAUUCGAAUGAGACAAUCCCAGGCCUAGUCGAUGCAACACAACUUCCUUUCCAGCUAGCAAACACCUUGCUUACCCAGUUUAUCGACAAUGUCGUUCCUCAGUAUCCUGUCCUCGCCCUCGGCACGAAUCACGAUUUCUCCUCAUUACGAAGAACGCAUCCAACGCUAUUAUUGGCGAUGAUAACCUCAGCAUCGAGGGGCUCGGACCCUGCGCUGUUCAGGAAACUCCAUUAUCGGUUGCUUAGCCAUGUCGGCCACCAAGUCUUAGUCCUCGGUCGGCGGUCGCUUGAACUGGUACAGGCAAUUCUCGCUAUGGAGGUAUGGUAUGACCCUCCAGACGAUAUGGACCGUUUAAACUUCUACAUGUGGAUUCGAAUUGCUGGUAUCAUGGUCCAGCAGUUAGGAUUGUGGCCAUGGAGCAAGACGACAUCGCCCACGAGCCUCGCGAGACCAAGUGGCGGUAGUGAUGAGAAAACGCUCAGUGAGUGGCGGACGGCGUUUGCAGUCUUCUUGUCCAACUCGACCGUUGCAAUUAGUCUUCGUCGGCCAUUUACCCUGAUUUGGAGCGAAUCGAUGUCGGACGUCCUCGACGAGUUUGACCGUUCGUGUGACCAUGUCAAUGACAAACGUCUGGUUGCUUGGGUUAGACUUCAAGUUAUAGCUGAAGAAAUCGAAACCCUUCGGGUCAGAUUUAUGGGAGUUGAAGAACGCAGCACUGGCACUGAGUCUCCCCCUGCAGACCGUUCUUUCAUGAAUACUCUCGAGGGAAAACUCGCCGAAUGGCGAUACGCCAACCAGUCCGUGACGAACAGCUCUUUGCAAAUCCAUUUCUUCUAUUGCCGCACCAAGCUCUAUGAACUUGCCGUCUUUAUAUCUCAAGCACAAACGCACUCUUUGCCCAUCUUCCCUCCUCGCACGGGAGACCAAAACCACGUCACUCCUCGACAGGCAAACCCCGACAUGGCGUACAUUCGUGUAGUCAUGUCUCUGAUCCAAUCUAGUCACAGCAUCCUCGAUACCGUCAUCCACCUCGACAUUCCAACGUACCUCAACUGCCCUACUGUGACCACAGUUCGGGCUCUGUACGCAAUGCAGAUGAUUUUUACGCUCUACAAGUCCGUCAAGCUCCAGAACUCACACAUUUCUGACUUGAUUGGAGAAGAAACGCUUGUUGCCAAGUUCUACGCAAACCAGAUCAAGGACUUCUUCGAGCGGGCGGUAGGCGUCGAUCAUUUCCAGGUCCCUCGGAUGGCUCUGGCUUCGCUUGCCAAAGUCACAAACUACAUGCUGUUAUCGCCAUCUGUGGAGACACAACAGCAAGACACACCAUACGCUCAAGUCCCUGAUUCACGCCCAGGAGAAUCACGCGAUAUCCCUCCCAACGACAUGGACGCUAUCUUAGUAACGGAAAUCAAAUCUUCUGGGCCUUUAACGCAACCAGGUACCACGGAACCAGGAAUAGAUCUGGUGAGUCUUAACCAAGAAGCAGCAAUCGAGGCAUCAUUCCAACCUCCUCCAUUGGAUAGCUGUGGGCUCGCUGCAGUAGGUGGAGCAGGCGACCCUUCACACAUCUGGUCAGAAUUCGAGAUAAUGGCCUUGCCAAGUGUAGCCAUUGACCCAAGCUGGUUAUUCCCAGAGGAAGACUAUGACCUAAGCCAUCACAUAGAGUAG